GUCGGCGGCGCCCACUCCACCGCCGAGGAAGGCAGCGCCGAAGCUGCUGGUGGCCAAGAAGGCGGCGUCGCCGCCGUUGGCGCCGCCGCCGACCCACCUCGCCGCCGCGCCGCCCGCCAGGGGGUCGGUGGCCGCCGCCUCGGCUGCAUCGGCCCAGACUGCGAAGGCGGCGGCGGCGACGGCGAUCCCGCUGCAGCCUCAGCAGCCGAAGGUGCCUCCUCGUCCUGGGCGCUACGCCGUGGCGACGACGCCGCCGACGCCAGGGCGCCCGUCGUCGUCGGCUGCGGGCGCAGCAGCGCCGGCAGCGACGAUGACGCAGCAGGAGCUCCAGCAUCAGGUCGAGAUGCUGCAGGCGCAAAUGAACACCCUGAUCGCCUUGCAGAUGUCGCCCGGG